CUCAGCGGUAUUCAAAGAGUUGUGAAGAUGUGCGAGUUUAGGAUGCUGCGAGGGCGGCUGGGUCGUGCGGUCGCCGCACUCGGCGCUAGGGCGGGCAAACGGGCAUGUUUUCACACCCACCGCCUUCAUCCUCACGCGUUUGCCUGUCGCGAGUGCAGAUGAACUUGAGGAACUUUGUUUGCUUUUACUAACAUACCGAUCGUUCCUUCCACAUCCGCACCCUUGUUUGCCAGUGGCGGCAUUACACACGGGCGCAGGGCUCGAUAAAAUCCUCAGGCGACGUCGUUGCCUAGGCUUCUCUACCGCUGAUACGCCAACGUGACAUGGGCCUUCCGUCGCCUUUCACGCUCUCAUUUGUUCCUUUGCGGUGCAUAUGAGCCGUCUGUCACACGCCUCAGUCGCAACUGCAACCCCACUCACCCGAGAUCUAUUUCGUUCUCCACGUCACUCUAGAAAGCACCACCAUCACCGCAAUCAUGGACAUCUUUGUUCGCGGAAUGCCAAUCUCAACCACAGAGAAGUCUCUCACCGAUUUCUUCAAAUCCGUGCUUGAGCAACUGCACGUCUUCGCGUUCAACUGCAAAAAAAUCAAGAACAAAGCGGCGGCCAUUCUCACCAUCGCUGACCAUGGCAAGGCGGAGCUCUUCUUGAAGACUUACGGACUCGCUAGCGAUCCUCAACGUCGGAACAAGACGACCGUACCCCUCAUUUUCAUCAACAAACCUCUGACGUGCGUCCCCAGCCAGCAUAAGCCGGACGAUGUCGUCUUGAAAGCUCUCAUAUACGAGGAGAGCCAGCGACUUCAGAAAAUCGCACUAAGAGUGAAGGUCGAAGCUGCACAGCCCGUUCAUACUACUCAAAGCCACCCACUAUCGACAGGGAAGAAGGUCCAAAAGUCCUUCGAUUUUAGUAGUAUAUCGUGCGGUGUCUGGGAUUACAACGGAUCCCAAGCAGCUUUUGCACCCCACUACCAUGACUCCAGAUGCGGCACUGCCAUGUUUGGCAAGCACGCCUUGGCGCUGAUCCUGCGGGCCGAUGGAUGGGUCUCUCACACCUGUCGAAUUGACAUUCCAUAUUGGAGCAUAGAUACCAUUGUCACUGGCGGGCAACUACAACCGACGGCAACGUUCACUUUAAGAUUCGCGCCAAAGGUCUACAAAAUGGAAGAAGGUCUGGAAGGGCUAAUGGCUGGCCUUGGUAUCAACUCUUCUACCAACAAACGCCACCAGAAGAACACUCGCUCACGGGUUUGUGCCAUCAACGAAGCGCACGAAGUGGUGAUUGGUAGCUGCUGGGUUUACCAAGUGUCACUCACAAAUCCCCUGGAAAUAGUAUCGCUCUACCAUCUCUUGAAUCGCAACCCCGGCAUGCCGUCGGCCGUUACUUGCCACAUAGCCUGUAGCCAAGUGCAUCCGACGUUCAAGUCCGACUUUGAAAGAUUGAAGGAGCUGCUCUUUGCUGGCCGUCAGUUUGGAAAUCUGCCAUUCCCCAUAAAAUUUCAGGUUGAGCGACUAGCUAGAAAUGCCUUCUUGGCUCCUGCCAAGAUUGUCUCGUUGUUGCCAAAGAUCAAAUAUCUCCGGCGGCACAAAGGAGUUAUCCCUACUACGAUGGCUAUCCGCACUCUUUCCAGGCAAAUUCAAUAUCCCGGACCACACGUAGAUCCAAAGGAGUUUGAAAUCAACUAUCUUGCGAAAGCUCUGGAACAAAACGCGGAAGAUUUCAGACUCGAAGGCUCCAUUUAUGAUGUCAAUACACGCCAUCAUCAUAUUGCUCUAAUACACAGAGUUGUUGUCACCCCGGCUGGAACCUACUUGGAAGGCCCGGAGCCCGAAGUCAGCAAUCGUGUGCUGCGGAUGUAUCCAAAUCACACCAACCAUUUCCUAAGAGUUCAGUUCACGGAUGAAGAUCUUGACAGCCUCAAGUUCGAAGCAAGAACCAAUAUGUCAGAGGUGUACCACGGCCGCUUUAAGCAAGUGCUUGAUGGCAUGAUCAACAUAGGUGGCCAUGGUUUCCAGUUUCUCGGAUUUUCUCACUCUUCAUUACGGAGUCAAACGUGCUGGUUUAUGGCACCGUUCGUCAGUGAAGGAUCGCUGAUUGCCGCGCAAGAGAUCAUCAAAGAACUUGGUGACUUCUCAGAGAUUCGGUCUCCAGCCAAAUGUGCCGCUCGUAUUGGCCAAGCCUUCUCCGACACAGCUAAUUCCGUCAAUAUUGAUCCGUCACAGUUCCAGGCUGCCACAGAUGUCGUCAGAAAUGGACGCACCUUUAGCGACGGUGUUGGUACUAUCUCUCUCAAACUUCUGAGGAAAGUUUGGAAGGUGUACUCUCCUAUCGCCAAGAACCAAAGACCAACCUGUCUCCAGAUUCGAUUUGCUGGCGCAAAGGGCAUGGUAUCUCUGGAUACCCGACUUGCUGGCGAGCAGUUGGUUAUCCGGGAGUCGAUGAUGAAGUUCAAGGGCGGAAAGGCGCUGAACAUCGAAAUCUGCGGCGCGAGCUUCAAGCCUUUGCCGAUGUAUCUGAACCGACAAUUUAUCCUCAUCUUAGAAGAUCUUGGGGUUCCAGCUCAGGUAUUUCUGACUCUACAAGCUCAAGCCAUCGAGCAGCUCCGCCGCAUCACGCUUUCACCGGUCAAUGCUGCCACAUUCUUGGAACAUGCCCAUAUUGGACAGGCUGCCAGGCUACCUCCGCUGAUUCGAAUGCUUGACGAUCUCGGUCUUCCGUUCAAUGAGGACGACUUCUUAGAACACGUCGUGGAAAUUGCAGCACUGGCAUCGCUCCGCGAUCUGAAAUACCGCUCGCGCAUUUUGGUCGAGCACGGGGUGACGCUCUAUGGCAUUAUGGACGAAACCGGAAUCCUUGAAGAAGGCGAAAUCUUCUGCGUCACUGAAAAGCCGGGUGGGGGGAGGCGCAUUCUUCAGGGUCGAGUGAUUGUCACUCGUGCACCAGCCAUGCAUCCGGGAGAUGUCCAAUUUGCGCGCGCCGUCGAUGUUCCUUCAGAUUCGCCGCUCAACUCGCUCAGCAACUGCGUGGUCUUCAGUCAAAAGGGACAACGCGAUUUGCCAUCACAGCUUAGUGGAGGUGACCUCGAUGGCGAUUUGUACAACGUGAUCUUCGACAAGAGACUGAUGCCGAAGGUGACGUAUACUGCGGCAGACUAUCCCAGAGUUGCACCCUUGGAUAUUGGUAGAGAAGUGAACAAACAGGACAUGACGAAUUUCUUCGUUAAGUUCAUGGAGACGGACCAACUAGGAAGGAUCUCAAUGAUCCACAUGCAACUGGCUGACCGAAAGCCUGGUGGUACACGGGACCCCGACUGCAUCACACUCGCUGAGAUGGCAAGUGUCGCGGUCGACUUUUCAAAAACUGGUAUUCCAGUCGACAUGUUAAAAUGUCCCAAAUACGACAUGAUACGACCGGACUUCAUGGCUUCCGGACCUCGUGUUAUCGUCGAGAAGAAAGGGGCCGUAUUCGAGGAAGAAGAGGAUGACGACGAGGAUGAUGCGAUACAGGUGCUGGAUCCAGACUUCAAGACGUAUAGGUAUUACGAGUCCGAGCGCGCUCUUGGUCAGCUGUACCGCGCCAUCGACGAGAAAAAGUUCUUUGAAGAGAUGCAAGCCAGAUCGAAGGGACGGGUUGAGCUUCAUGGCGACAAGUACGACCUCAUGAGCGAAGUGUGGAGCUACGUCGUUCAAGAAACACAGCUCAUUCAGUGGGAAAGCUACAGUGACUUAGCACGAGAAAUCCGCGAGACAUACGAGAGCAACCUCCUCGACGUGAUGAGCGAUUACAGCACGCACCCGCAAUACCCGCUCAGCGAGCUCGAAGUCUUCGGAGGCAACAUCAUCGGCAAAUCGAUGGGCGGAAUGAACAAGCGGGUGCGUGAGAUCACGACGGCGAUGAAUGAGCGCUUCGAGCGCGAUGUCGCCUUCACGGUGGAGCGCAUCACGCAGGGCGACGACGGCGAUCGGGACGAGGCGCUCGCACGCUCGAUCGCGUGUCUGGCCGUAGCGGUGCUGGGCCCUAAGCGCGUCGUCAAUCGCCGCGUGGGCGAGCUGCGCAGCUGGAAGUACGUUGCUGCUGCGGUGUGUCUGCGCGAGAUUGAGCUGUUCAAGAUGCGCUUUGAUCCGCUGAACCGGACGGCGUAGAGUGAGGGUAUGUGGAUGACGAAGGAGUCCGGAUGGGAGAGGCCUGAGAUUGCUACAUGAGGGGAAGUUUGCUUUUUAUCUUGCUUUAGGGGAGUAUAGGAGUAGCAUGGCUGGAAAAAUCAUGGCGUGACAGAGGGAGGAGUGUGCAGGGCAAGGAUUUAAGCUGGCAUGGAUGGCCUUGCUCCAUGAGCUUAGCUUAGGCGUGA